AUGAAGUAUCGCUUCAAUUUAGGGUCAUUGCGAAACGUUACUCAACGUAUAGAGGCAGGAAUGAUUUGGCGGUCUAAGAAUUUAGUUGAUGCUUUUUUCACUGUAUUGUUUGCCAUCUUUGCCUUCAAAUAUUCUGAAGAUAAGAUUUACUUAGUAGUCAGUGGUUCAUUUUCAGCAACUAGUGGAGUUAUUGGGCUAGCUGGUAGAAUUUUUAAAGAACAAUUUUUAAAGCCUCAUGAAGAAGCAUUAAGAACCAAUUCAUCUUCAUAUAACUUAAAUAGUCGAAGUAGUACUAUUGCCACUUCUGAAGCUACUAAUAGUAGUAGUUCUUAUCGAACUGCUCAGGAAAUAUAA